CAACCUAUCCGUUUCCAUAGACAACAAAGUCAGUAGCGGAAUAGCCUAAGUCCCGGGGAAUAUACAGGAUCUGAGCCCGUGUGAGGAUUCGGAUGCGAGCGUGAAAACAAAUGUAGAGGAGUCACUUUUAUGCAGCAUCAAAUAAAUCCAUUUAGAAAGAAUGUCAGCAAAGGAAGAUGCACACACUCUUACAUCCUCCUCAAAAUGGUUGAAAACACAUGGGCUAAAGAAGAAGAAACUUUCUAUGAUGAAGAUCCUUUCACAACUUGGAUUCCAGCAAAAAGAAGAUUAUGUAAGCAAAUUAGGGAGACCAGUAUCCUCUCGAUAUUCUCAAGGCCUUUUUCCUCAAUAUAAUUUUGCUGGUAAAAUAUACAAUCUGACAGCCAAGAAGGAACAAUUCCUGCAAAAGGUGGAAUCUCUCACAAACACUAUUGAACUUUACAAUGAAAGACUUGGUUGGCUUACCAGUGGGAGCAGAGCAAUAUUUGGUGUUAUCCAGGAAAAUUCUGUUAUCUUUGUUCUAGAAUGUGGCUGUUUGUCUAAAGAGCAGUUUGAAAUGUACCAAGAUGCUUUCUGCCUUUUAAUUAGGGAACAGGUCGCACACAUUUCAAAUUUCAAUAUAAUUUGGGUUUCACAGGUGCCAGAGAAGUGGCAUGACAAACAGGUCCAUGUGAGUCAGGACUCUAUCGAGACAGCUGUGGAAUGGGUACACAACACACAGCACCCUCCAGUGGAAAACCCAGAAUGUGCUGCAAACGCUCUUUCAGAAGCACUGCUUUAUCAGGUUGAAGCUGUAUAUUAUUUCACAGCAGAGGAUAUUUCUGAAGUCAAGAAGCAACUACUGUUAAAAUAUGUCUCUGACAGCCCAUGUCCAGUCCAUUUUGUGUCCUAUAACCCCCAGAAAGAAGAAACAAUUACAUUUUUGAAAGAGAUAAGUCACCAAACAUCUGGAAGGUGCCACGUAUACAAAGCAGACUGUAAGCAGCUGAAUACGGCAUUAAAACUAAAGGAAGUUAAUGCUGCUCUACCCACAUCAACAACAGAGAAAACACAUGAAGAGCUUGAUUUGCAGCAAGAUGAAUUCUUGAUGAUGAAAGAACUGGAUGAAGCACAAAAUAUUCUAAAACAAUUGCAAGAUAUUUUAACAAACUUUUAUCCCAGUGAUGAUGUAAUCAAUAAUCAUCUCAUGCCUGAAAUUAAAGUUGAAGACUAUGUUAGCUCCAAACAAUGGCUAAUCAAAUAUGGGCUAAAAGCACAAAAACUUCAGUUUUACGAUGUUUUUGCUGACUGUGCAUUUCGUCAUAGCGAUGGUGUUGUGGAUAUUAAAACCAAGCCAGAAGAUGAGUCAAUGCAAACAGACGCUGAUACCAAAAUGAAACUUAUCAAUGCAAAAUACUGUGACCAGUUUGUACAUACACAGUGGAAAGAUGGUUCUGUGGUGCAUUUGUAUAUUACUAAGGAAAAAUGGAGAUGGUAUGAAGAAAGAAUGAAGACUGUGCUCGAGCAGAUGGAAAGAAGAAUUCAAUGGCUACAGCAAGGGAGUAGAGAACUAUUUGGGACUAUUCUUGAAGACCGGGUAUACAUUCUUAUUGAUACUUCACAUUCUAUGAAGGACAAGUUGUUUUUGGUGAAGGAAAAAAUGUUCCAGCUAAUAGAGGAGCAACUAAAGCACAAGCUGAUGUUUAACUUUGUAAAGUUUGAUUCCAAAGUAGAAGCUUGGAAAUCAAGAUUAGCCAAAGUCACCGAAGACACUCUACAGGAGGCUUCAUGUUGGGUAAAAGAACUUCAGGUCGGAAGCUCAACCAACACCCUCAGAGCUCUGCAGGUGGCAUUUAAUGACUCUAGUACUGAAGCUAUUUAUUUACUUACAGAUGGACGCCCUGACCAGCCAGCUGAAACAAUUCUUGCUCAAGUGAACUUUCAGAAAUCAGUCCCUAUUCAUACAAUUUCCUUCAGCUGUAAUGAUGUAGAUGCCAAUAGCUUCCUUUAUCAGCUUUCCUGCAAAACGGAGGGGCGCUUUCACUGCUACACAAGUAACUUGAGGGACCCUAAAGCUCCACAGCCUUUUGUGAGUGAAGACAUCUGCCUACUUCAAAAUGAGAUAAAACAGGGAAAAGCAGAUCUACAGAAAGUACAAAAAUUCUACACAGAAUGUUUAAUUUUAGACUGGUACCACAAUGGAGACAAAGAAACUCCUUAUAAGAGUAACCAUGAAAAAGCUCAGCCAGUUCAAGAAAUGACAACUGCUUCAACACCUUUGCACAGGCAAAUGAAUACUUCAUUGAGACAGCUACGGCGAAAGAAAACCAGGCAUGCAGAGCAAACAAAGUCUAGUCUGCUCAGGGCACAAAGCCAUGGGGUGAAACUCGGUGAAAGCCCAACAGAAAUAAACAUGCCCCAGGAAACCAGGGAAGGUUUUCUCAGCAACAGCAUGAAACCAACUACUGAUCUUAAAGAGUGCAACAUUAUUGACAGCAACACGUCUUUAAAAAAAUCCAAAAAGUCACCCAAAGACUGCUUGGACAUGUCUUCUUCCCGAUGGCUGAAGAUCCAUGGUUUGGUUGCUAGAAGGCUUACUAUAAUGGACUCUCUGGCUCCCACAACUGUACCACACACAGCUAAAUAUGUCCCAAUUCUUGACAAGCAUAUCUUUUCUAAAGUGUUUGAUGAGGUAUUGCCUUUGGCCCAUAUUAGUGGAGACAAUAAGCAUAUCUUGUUAGUUAAUCCCAAGGCUGUGAACCUGGAGGAUUACAAACACAAGUUGGAAAAGGCAGUUACAAAUUAUGAAAGGCGCCUAAAUCUAGUUAUUUGGAGAGCGUUAUCACAGGAGGAAAGAGACAAGUUUCAAAGUGAUGUCCCAGUCUCAUACAUGGAUAAUAAAGAAGCUUUUUUGCAAGCAUUAGACAGACUAGGUUGGCCAAUAACAUCUGAAGAUGUGACUCUGCUUGAAGAUGAAAUAAACACUGGGAAAACAUAUUUCAAUCAGGCCUGUCUUCUACAGGAAGCUAUAAAAAACAAUGCAUCAAAAGAACUGAGUAAUCAGAAGGAGGAAAAGAAGCAAAUUCAUCAAAAGAUCACAAAGAAACCAUGGGACUCACUGAGAGGUCAGAAAGUCAUUGCAAGAUCGGACAUUGAUGGAUUUUAUUAUCAAGGAACUGUGUUGAGAAGUACAAGUUCAAAGUGUGCUCUUGUGGAUUUUAACCAUGGAGAAAAUCAAAUUGUUCCAACCAAUUUUAUCAUAAGAAGAGGAGGUGCUGUGCCAUGUCCAUCUCUAAAGGUUGGAGAUUUUGUAUUUUCAAAAACUCGAGCAAGAAGUGGUUGCUACGUACCUGCAGUGGUCAUAGCAACUCCAAGGAUGGAAGCAAUAGAUAAACUGUACACUGUUCUGAAAUACAACAAUAGGAAAGAGCACUGUUUAAGAAGUGAACUUAUCAAAAUCAAUCAGUCUCUGUUUACCUUUGCCUGUCGGUAUAUUAGAGAAGCACAAAUGGUGGAUCAUACCAUACCAAGUGUCCAGUUUGUUAAACCCAUCCCAAAGCCAACACCCAUUCCUGGAGAAAAGAAAAGGAAAGCAGGAAAAGCCAGAGAAAACAGAUCUAAGGAAAACCAAGGAAUAGGGGAAACUGAUGAAAAUCCUCUCACUAAAGCUCAUUCUGAAAAUCAGUCUGUGAUGUCCCAGAGCCCAGUCAGUCAUUCAUCUCGGGACAGUGCAAGUGAAGUGGAAGAUAAUGUUUUUGAUUCUGAGAAAGCCAAAUUAGGGCUCCCACAAGAUCCACUUUCACCACUUACUCCAGUCCCUUCAAUUCUACAGUCAUCACAGAAAGCAACACCCAGAUCUUCGCUUUCUUCCAUAACCAUUCGAUCUUCAGAGAAGCCCCAAAGCAUAAAUAUCAGCAAAAAACUAGAGAAACUGAUCUUUGAGAUCACUGAGUUCCAGCAGAAACAGCGAGAAAAGCAACAGUCAGUUCAAGAGUACCUUAAACAGCUCAUAAUUUUAAAGUCUCAUCAAGAUAAAUGUGGGCUGGAGGAAGAACAGAGGGAUCAUGUUAAGCAGCAGAUUGAUUUACUGCAGCAGCUGAGAAUGCUAACACCUAUUAGCAGUAUUCAACAGACAAAGUCUGACCUCCAUUCCAGUCUUAUCAAUAAAAGCCAAUCAUACAAGUGCCCACUCGUUCCUGGACAGAAUGUUCUAGCUCGAUCUUCAUACACUGGAUGGUAUGAGAAAGGAACUGUAAUUCAUGAUUGCGGGGAUUUCAGUUAUUUUAUUAAGAGAUCCUCUGGAGAGAUUGCAAGGAUGUGGCGAGAAGAUGUGUUUAGUGAUACUGAUGACUACGAGAAAGAUAUCAAGGAUUCUGAUCCAGUGAUUGUGGCUCAUCCCCUGCAUGAAGGAUGUUAUUGUCCAGGGGUGGUAUUAAAAGUUAUGGCAGAUUUAAAAUUGGUGGUAAAGUAUUAUGAUAAGACUGAAGAUUUGGUCCCAAGAGAACAAGUUUUUUUAACAACUAUAGAAAGAUUUGAGAGGGACACUACAUAUAUCACAGAGUGUGAAGAGCGAUGGGUUAGUCAGCCGGUUGUUGCAAGGAAUGACACAACUGGGACUUUUCAACUAGCUGAAGUGCAGAAGCGCAUUGGUAAUGGGAAGCAGUACAUCAUUUGCUGGGCAGAUGGGAAAACUGCAAGACAAGACAUUGCGUGGAUCUUUGGGAAAUUUAGCCAGCCACAUGUACUAAAAGUUGGUGCCCACGUCCUGACUUUAGCAAAUCCAUCUUCCCUCACAUUUUUACCUGGCAUUAUUACUGGGUACAAUGGAGCACGGCUAAAGGUUACAUUUUGCAAUGGCAAUAGCUGCCAGAAUGUGGAACCCCCUCACUGCUUUGGUCUCUCUGAGAAGAAAUUCAGCAUGGCUGUGGCAUUUUUCCAUCAACAACAAAACCAUGAAAAAGAUGGCAGUGUAGUAGGCUCAGAUACUGAGAAUGAAGACUCGCUGUCAGAGAUCUCCUCUAUCACCCUAUCAUCAAGUGAUUCAGAAAGUGAAAAGAGUGACUAGAAAUGCACAUAAUUUGAACAUUUACGUAUUCUAGAUCUGAAAAAGGAAGUUUCUAAUGAGUGACUGAUGUAUAUUUUAUCCCAUGCUACCUACAAGAUUCAAUGUGAAAAGUUAUGGCUGAACUAAAGGAUUCAAUAAACUUUAAUAUAUUGAGAUUUAUUACAA